AUAUCUAAAUUUCCAACAGCUUCAAUGAAGUGUAAAAGAGAGUCUUCGCUGUCACCAUCUUCUUCUUCAACACGUCAAUGGAAAUAUGAUGUAUUUCUUAGUUUCAGGGGUGAGGAUACCCGUAAUAAUUUUACUGACCAUCUAUAUGUUGCUCUGCAACGAAAGGACAUUUUAAUAUUUAGGGAUGAAGAAGAACUUGAGAAAGGAAAAUCUAUUUCUGAGCUCUUCAAAACAAUAGAAGAAUCACAGUUUGCUAUAAUCAUUCUCUCAAAAAAUUAUGCAUCUUCUACAUGGUGCUUGGAUGAGCUUGCCAAGAUUGUCAAAUGCAGGGAAGAAAUGGGACUGAUAGUUUUGCCAAUUUUUUAUGAUGUUGACCCGACUGAUGUACGGAAACAAACAUGAACUUUUAAACAAGCCUUUACUGAUCACCAGAAACGCUUUAAAGAUAACAUAGAGAAGGUGGAAACAUGGAGAGCUACUUUAAGAGAAGUGGCUGAUAUCUCUGGUUGGCAUCUACAAAAUAGGCAUGAGGCAGAAUUUAUCCAAGAUAUUGUGAAAGAGAUGAUGGAGAAAUUGAGUUCAAAAUCCUCAAGCAUUACCAAAAAUUUCGCAAGAAUGGAAUCUACUAUUGCAAAAAUGAUCCCUUUGUAUUUAGGUUUUGAGAAUAAUGUUUACAUGAUAGGGAUUCAUGGUAUGGGGGGUCUGGGAAAGACAACUCUUGCUAGAAUUCUUUAUGAUGAGUUUCAUAUUCAUUUUGAAGGUUCUAGCUUUAUUGCUAAUAUUAGGGAAGAUUCACAAAAACACGGUUUGCCACGAUUACAAAAGCAGCUUCUUGUUGACAUUUUGAAGGACAAAGAAAUAAAUAUACAGAAUGUUUAUGAAGGAGUUGACAUGAUUAAGAAAAGGCUAUGCCAUAAAAAAGUUCUACUUGUUAUAGAUGAUGUCAACUAUUUGGACCAAUUAGAAAAAUUGGUUGGAGAGAAAAACUGGUUUGGAUUGGGGAGUUGGAUCAUCAUAACAACUAGAGAUGAACGUGUGUUGAUCCAACAUGGAGUGCUUAGAAGAUAUAAGCCUGAGGUAUUAAAUAAUGAUGAUGCUUUAAAACUUUUUUGUUUGAAAGCCUUCAAAAUGGAGCAACCCAAAGAAGGUUAUAUGCAGCUCUCCCAAAAAGUUGUAGAAUAUGCUAAUGGCCUUCCACUAGCUCUUGUUACUUUGGGUUCCUUUUUGGUUGAAAGAACAAUUGAUGAAUGGCAAAGUACAUUGAAUAAUUUUAAAGAAACUAAAGGAGAGAUCUAUGAUAUACUUAAAAUAAGUUACGAUGGACUAGAGGAAAUGUGGAAGGAGAUAUUUUUAGAUAUUACAUGUUUCUUUAGAGGGUAUACGAAAGAUGAAGUACUAGAGAUGUUAAAAAAUCGAGGUUUUGAUGCAAAAAUUGGUUUAAGUGUUCUUGUGGAAAAAUCUCUCAUAACCAUGGAUGACAAUGAACAUUUAGGGAUGCAUGAUCUACUACAAGAAAUGGGUCAAAAAAUUGUUCGUCUAAAAUCCGGUGGAAAUCUUGGAAAGCAGAGCAGGUUGUGGCUCAGUGAGGACUUGCUUUGUGUAUUGAAGAACAAUAUGGCAACAAACGCAAUUCAAGCCAUAGUCGUCAACUGCAAAGAAGAGGAUUGCAGUUAUGGAGAAUUUUCUGAAGUUUUUUCAAAGAUGUCUAAUCUUAGAUUGUUAAGUAUUUGUCACUUGCACUCCAAGAAUACUCUCAAUCGUGAUCCCAAUGAGCUAAGAUAUCUUGAACGGGAGUGUUAUUCUUUAAAAUGUUUGCCAUCCGGUUUGCCACCAAAGGAGCUUGUUCAACUUGACUUGAAGUAUAGCAGAAUCAAAUAUCUUUGGGAAGGAGUAAAGAUUUUAGGCAAGUUAAAAUCUCUUGCCAAUCUUCCCAGCAUAUCUGCUAAAAUAGAGUCCCUUACGGUUCUUAAUCUUAAUGGUUGCUCGAAUUUGAGGAUGAUUCCCGAAUUUAAGGGAAUUAUGAAAAGCCUAUCAGAACUUCGUAUAAGUUGUACUGCUAUUGAGGAACUACCACCCACAUCAAUGAAGUGUUUGUCCUCCUUAAAAUAUUUAACACUAAGUGGAAUCAAUUUUGUCACCCUGCCUGUAAGCAUCAGUCAACUUUCCAACCUUGAAGCUCUUGAUUUUUCACACUGUUUGAAGCUUCGAUCAGUGCCAGAGCUUGCAGCAAGUGUGAGAUAUAUAAAAGCUGAAGGAUGUACUUCCCUAGAACCAUCACCAGCACUGCUUUGA